AUGGCCUCGGCCGCGACGAACGGCGAUGCCGCCGCGGCUCUCGACGACAUCAAGCCCCCCGCCGGUGUCGUGCUCCCGCCGCGCGAGAUUCGCAACGUCCUCGAGAAGACGGCGGGCUACGUGGCGCGCAACGGAUUUGUCUUCGAGGACAGGAUCCGCGAGAAGGAGCGCGCCAAUCCCAAGUUCAGCUUCCUCAACACGGCCGACGCCUACUACGCCUUUUACCAGUGGCGGCUCGAGGAGAUCAAGGCCGGGCGCGGCACGGCCAUCGCCGCGGGACGCGCCAACGAGGCGGCGGCGGCGGCGGCGGAGAAGCCCAAGGGACCCCCUAAGCAGGCGGACUUUCAGUUCUCGGCGCGCAUGCCGCGGCUCAGCCAGAAGGACCUCGACGUCAUCCGGCUGACGCGCUCGCGAGGCCGGCAGCCCGCAGUUUCACUUUCUCAUCCCGAACCACACCUUCACAACUUUUCCAGCACCAGGUCGACCAGUACACGGCGCUGCUGCGGACGACGGGGCCUCGGCGGCGAGGGCGGCAAGCUGCAGCAGGAGGUCACGGCCGAGCUGCAGGGCAACGUCGACGACAAAUACAGGGUGCUGGCGCGGGCGCGGCAGCGGGCCGAGUACGCGCGCUUCCAGGAGGCCGAGAAGGUCAAGAGGGAGCAGGAGACGGAGAAGAAGCGCGAGGAGUUUGCGCGCAUCGACUGGAACGACUUUGUCGUCGUCGAGACGAUUGUCUUCAACGACGCCGACGAGCAGGCCAACCUGCCGCCGCCGACGAACCUCGCCGACCUGCAGUACGCGUCUCUCGAGGAGAGGAACAAUGCGUCGAUUGGCGGCAAUUUCCGCAUCGAGGAGGCCAUGCCCGACGAGGUCACCGACUACAACGCGACGUCACUGCCUCUGCACAACAGCUACGCGCCGCAACAACCCCAGCAGCAGCAGCAGCAGCAGCAGCAGCAGCAGCAGCAGCAGCAGCAGCAGCCAUACCACCAGACACACGGACCGAAUGGACAACCGCCGAGGAAGACGGCCGAAGAGGAGGAGGAAGAUAGGCGGAUCCAGGAGAGGAGCGACGCGCGCGCGAGGGAGCAGCAGGCGCGAGCCGAGGCACGGGGCGGCAACGGGCCCAUGAAGAUCAAGGAGAACUACGUGCCGCGGGCGAUGCAGCGGGCGGCGCAAGCGGUGCCGAUGGCGCUGUGCCCGAACUGCAAGCAGCAGAUUCCGAUGGACGAGCUCGAGGCGCACAUGAGGAUUGAACUGCUCGAUCCUCGAUGGAAGGACCAGAAGGCCAAGGCCGACGCGCGUUAUGCGACGACGAACCUGUCGACGGCUGAUGUGGCCAACAAUCUCAAGAGGCUGGCAAGUCAGCGCAGCGAUGUGUUUGACGGCAUCACGGGCCAGCCUCUGAGCGAAGAGGAGCAGGCUCGACGGAAGAAGGCGGCGGUCACGGCGUGGAGAACCCCAACAUGGGGCCCAACCACAUGCAAGGGCUCAAUGUGA